CGUCUAAAGCCCAAAAGCGACGUCUUGUGUUGUCAACUUGGCUGUCGCCAAUCAAACAAAAUAUUUAAGGAUAUAUUUAAAAUGAACUGUAGAUUGCAUUGACCCUAAGCCUUGACAGUCCAUCUAUCACCGAAAUUGUAUUAGAUAUCCGGAGAAGACGGGAAAAGCUGAAGAAAAUGCCUAUGCAAUAGAAAAUAUUCUGAUUGUUGUACAUGGGAAGUUGAUAUCAUCAGCAGCACUAAACAUCAACUCAUAAUGUGUCCCAGGAGAGCCAACUUCGACAUGCAUUUGACAGUCAACUGCAAUAUCAGUUUGGUUUAUUUGCUUAUAGCUUUAGGAGCAUAUAUAGUGUAUAAAUACUAUUGGGAUUAUGUACCUGGUUUUGGUAAUUUUUAGUCUAUUACUUUUAUGUCUUAUGUAGCUAAAGUUACAUAAUAAGAGUCAAUAUGUGUACAUAGAAGUUUUAUAUGUAUAUGGCUGUAGAAACUGGGCUCGUCAAAUGUUGGUAAUGUUGGUGUUUAAAGUAUGGUCAUUUUGAAAGAGUUAAAAUGAAAUGAAAUGAUGCCUAAAAAUAGAAUACUGGAGUCAGAUUCUCUCUUGAAAUCAGAAGCCUUAGUCAAAUUGGAAGAAGUGGAUGCCAUCGACAAUGAGCCUAACAGUGCUGCAGGCUAUUGUAAGGGAGGAGUCGAAUGGAAUUACUCUCCUUUUAUUUCUGUCCCAGAAAAUUCCUUUGGACAGCCAGAAGUAAAUAGAAUUGACACUCAUUUAAGAUGUGUGAAGUCAGAACUGGGAGAAUAUGUGUGCAGCAUUUGUGGGCUGGAAACUGGCACUGCUUCUCGUCUGAGGAGGCACUUGAAGAUCCAUGCCAAAGAUAAAACACAUCAUUCUUGUAUUCCCAAUGAUGGGACAUUGAACAGCUUUAAAAACUGUUUUUCAAAAACUACACAAAAGUCAUCCUUUAGGAAUCACAAAAAAAAUCAUGAUAGGAUAAAGGAAUUUAAAUAUGAGGAAUGCCCUGCAGCCUACAUUAAUCAACCACAGCUGGAAGACCAUACUAUUAAACAUGCCAAUGAAAAGACAUAUCAUGAUCAGGAAUAUGGAGAAGGGUUUGCCACAGCCACAAGCCUUAAUUACCACCAGGUUACCCAUACUGCGGAAAGCCCUUACCAGGGUGAAGUCUAUGGAGAAACAUUGCAAGAAAAGACUGCUCACAUAACCCAUAAGUCUGUCCAUCUUACCCGUGGGCCUUAUAUAUGCAAUAUGUGUGGUGAGAUGUUUCCCAGGAUAAAUAGUCUUACACUUCAUCAAAGAGUUCAUCAAACAGAUAGCACCUAUAGCUAUGUUCCUCAGAACUGCAAACCAAUCAAGGAAACCGUUCAGGAAAGUAGAAAGGAAUCACCUCAGUCAUUUCCCUCUACAUCUGAUAUUCUCUUUAAGAAUACAUACACACAAAAUGAAAAUAAGCCUCCAGUAGGGGAAGAAAAUCCAUUUCAGGAAGAGACACAUGAAGCAAAAAAAUCGAAUUCAAGGAAUGUUACUUUACAAAACUUUCAGGAAGAUAUCCCCAUUUCAAGCACAACAGAGGCCAUGGCCAACUUUAAAGUGCAAGGAGAGAAAUAUACAUUUGCUGGGAAUGUCUUGAAUGUCCCCCAUCCCGACAUUGUCCAGGAGGCAUUAGCAACUGGGACGCUACUUGAGAGCCAGGGAGAAGAUGGACAAAUCUAUCUGAUUGUUCUUCCUAGAACUAUUUCAGAGCAAGACUACACACAUGUUACUUUGCCUUCAAAAAUACCUUCAGUAACAGCACCUUCCCCGACAUCAGGAAUGGACACAGUUUCACAACAGAAUCAAGGCCCUGAAGAGAAUUCUUGUAAUUUGCUAAUGUGGGACAAUGAAUUAAAUAUUGCAGAAGUUUCUUUAAAACCAGAUUCUGAAGUAGAGAAGUCUGACAAGAGUAAGAACAAAGAAGAAUAUGUGGAAGAGGAUUCAUCUUCAAAAGAAAAUGAAUCACAUGCCAGUAGUAAGAAGUUUGUAUCAACCAGAAUUAAACAAAAGGGAAAAUCUAAAGAGAAAAAGGUAUAUACAUAUGAGUGUAAAAUCUGUGGGAGAAAAUGCAAGAAUUCCUCAAGCUAUGUUAUACAUAUGAGAACACACACAGGUGAAAGGCCAUAUUACUGUGGCUAUUGUGGCAUAGGUUUCAAACAGGUAACUCACUUAAAAAGCCACAUACGCAUUCAUACUGGAGAGAAACCAUACAAAUGUAGCCAGUGUGAUGCUGCCUUUCACCAGAGCUCUCAAUUGCAUGCUCAUUUUAAGACCUGGCACAUAAGAAAGCAUGAGAGGAUGAGAGAGAAGGUCAGAGUCAGAGGUAGUAUUCAGAAUUUUUAUUGCAAAAUAUGUGAUAAAACAUUUAUUAAUUCAUGCUUCAAAAAGCAACAUAUGAAAACGCAUACAGAUGAAUUGCAAUAUAUAUGUAACAAAUGUGAGGCCACAUUUAAAACAAAAAGUAGGUUGCACAGACAUGAGAAGUUGCACAUACAUGAUAGUUCUAAGAUCUGUGAAUUAUGUGGACUUCAUUUCAAGGAUGUAAGUUCUCUUAAUCACCAUAGACUUGCAAUACAUGAUUUAUCCAAAGAGGAAUCAGAUAUAACUAGAGUUCUUGAUGAAAAGAAUCUGGGUAAAAGAAAUGAAACUGAAACUUCAAAUGAUGGUGAUUCCUGUGGUUCCCUUGCAAUGUUAAUCACACAAAUAUGAUGGGUAAAGAAUCCUGUGAUUAGAACAUA